AUGGAGUAUACAGCUCACAAUUUGGAAUAUGCAGUGACUGUAUUUUAUAAUGGAAACGAUGAAGAUAGAUCUAAAGCCCAUACUUGGCUCUCAGCAGCCCAACGAGUUCCUGAAGCCUGGAACUUUGUUUGGGAGCUACUCCAGUCCAACAAGGGUACGGAAGUACAAUUUUAUGCUGCCACCACACUACAUACAAAAAUUCUUCGAUGUUGGAAUGAAGUGCCAGAAGAAAGUUACACUGAACUGAAAGAAAAGCUAUUACAAGCUAUGAUGGCUUAUUCUAAUGGUCCAAAAAUAGUUACCAACAGAUUAUGUAUAAGUCUAGCAGCUUUUAUCCUACAACAAGGCUCUACAGACAUAGCAGAUAUAUUGAGGCCUUUGUCAACAACUGCCACAACUUCAUUACUUCUUGAAGUACUCACUGUGAUACCAGAAGAAUUUAAUAGUAUGACUAUGGGAACUGCUCUUCGUGCUAGAAACAGAGCUGCUUUGAAUCAGGCUUGCAGUAUGGUUCUCGAUGAUAUGCUGAGAUAUUUACAAGAUGUCUUCAACGACUACAGUAAUGCCCCUCCAAGUGAAGCUUCCAUUCAACUGUGGACAUCGGCUGCAUCAUGUGCCAGUAAUUGGCUGGCGCUUAGUGAGGAUACAUUAGACAGUACAACCACUCUACCAGAGCGCGCUCCGCUGUGCCGCGCCUUAUAUACCGCUGUGCGAUUGCUUUGCACUUGGAACGAGGCUGUGAGUGGUAGUGCUUUAGAAGCGUGCGAGGCGUUCUUAUCAACUCUGCGAGCGGCGGGGACGGCCGGCGGGGCCGCGCGUCACCCGGCCUCCGCGCGGUCACUACUCACUGACCUCGCCACACUCGCUGAACCUCUCCUCGCAGCUCACAACCAGCCCAAUUCAAUGAAUGAGGAGUUGUUGGCGGCUUUGAUUAUAUGCUGCGUUGCGGUCGCCGAGUGUCACGCUCGGGUGUUAGUUGAGGCUGUGGAGGAGGGGAGGGAGGGGAAGGAGGAGGAGGGCGGCGCGGGGGACGGGGGAGGUGCCAGGAGAAUACUACAAGUGUUACUAGCGGCACAGGCUGCACCCGGACACUACCCGCUACACGAGACACGCUCCAACCUAGUGUUCGGACUAUGGUAUACGUUACAAGAUCAGAUACUUAAUAUGUCUGAUAGUACGAACAAAGUGAGCCCGGUGUGGUACGAGGUGUUCACUCAACUGCUCAUUACUCUCAUAAAGAAGUCGGAGAUGCCGCCGGAGUCCAUGCUGUCCAGAGAUGAACAGGAACUACUGCGAUGUUACAGGCAGGACAUCGCGGAUAUUGUGAUGUACUGCUACAGUAUCCUCGGUGAGAACUGUUGGUCGUUGGUAGAGAGCGCCUUCACAGGUGCGGAGAGUGCUCGUCAGCGAGAGGCAGCGCUGCAUGUGUUCGCUGCACUAGCGGACGCAGCUCCGGCCGGGCGAGCACCUACAGCGCUUCCAGCGCUGCUGCAGCACGCACUUCGACUCGCAGCUGACCCGACUAAUAACGAUACACGGCUCCUACACACAGCGCUAGAUUGUCUCGGUUUCUACGCUUCCUGGCUCAGUUCUAUGGAGGGACCGCAGGGCACGGAGCUAGGUCGUGAGUGUAUGCGAGCCGCCGGUGCAGCGCUGCAGCGCUGUCCAGCGCCCGCUGCUCUCGCCCUCCGCAAGCUAUGCUUAGACUGUGCAGCGCCUGCAGCUGAACUCGUCGCUGAUAUUGUACAACUGGCGCAAAGCGUAGAAACUACAUCUGAGGGUUGGACUCGUCGGCAACUGGUUAGUGCUGCGGGCGCGGCGCUGGCGGUCAGUGACCCCGAGCGAGCCGCGCCACUACUAGCCUCACUCGCACACAGACUACACGACCUACUGACGGCACAGGCGCAGUCCGCGGCGUCCGCUCGUUCGUCAGCGGGCGGGGCGGCGGAGUGCGUGUCCUUGAUGUGUGCGCUGAGCGCUCGGCCCGCGCUCGCCGCCGAACUGUUCCGUAUACUGCGACCGGCGCUUGCACUACUACCAGCUAAUCAAGACCUCACACAGGCAAUGUUUCAAAUCUUAAAGCACACGGUGUCUGCUCUGAUGGGGGAUUGUAUAAAUGUUAUUGAAGACAUCGCGGUACUAAUAAUCGCCGGUUUCGAAUCUCAGCCAUGCCCGGUCGGUCUGGAUGUAAUAAAACUGGUGGCGGUGAUGGUGGGUAGUGAGUGGGAAGGCACGGCGGGUGUAGUCCGCGCGGGCGUGGUGUCGAGCGCGCGCGCGGUGGCCCCACAGACCAGCAUGCACGCGCUCGACCCGCAGUACCUACUGACGGUGGAGCACACCACCGGACAUCCGUGUCCCGAACUAGCGGAGGCGCUGUUCGUGUUGCUCGACGCCCUCACCAAGAAACAGCCGCGGGCCAUCGAGUGGAUUGAAGAUAUACUGCCUGAUCUUAUCGCUUUAGCGUGUGAGUUCGUCCGUGCGUGGGAGGCUCGUGCGGCGAGCGCGGCGUGUUCGUGGCUGGGGUCGCUGGCGGCCGUCCGCCCCGCCUGCCUGGAGCCCCGCGCGCCGCUCCUCACACACACAGCGCUGCGGUGCAUCGGAGGAGCGACACCCCGUAACCAGAUGGAACCUCUUACUAAACUGCUUCUGGCUCUAAACCGUGCGUCGUGGCCGUCCCAGUCGGCGGGCGCGGGCGGACCUCUCGGUGACUGGCUGCGAGCCUCACUGUCAGCUCCCGGUUUCCCCACCGUACACUCCACUGAAGCUCACAAGCAAAAGUUCAUUGCAGCCGUUCUCAGAGAGAAGACCAGCAAACGACGAUUAUUGGAAGCGGUCCAAGAGUUCUCAUUAGGAUGUCGAGGUCUCAUAGGGACGGAGUACGCACGACAGACGCUAUCAGCUAAACAAAUGGUCUAG